AUUCAAUGGCUAAAUGGCUCCCUGAUUCAUGGGAAUCCGAGCCCGAAUUUUAGAAACCCUGGUCAUGCUUGUCCUCCUUGCACUCCUUAUCCUUGGGAUAGUGUGGGUAGCCUCAGCACUCAUUGACAAGGACGCAGCGAGCAUGGAGUCUUUGUAUGAUCUCUGGGAGUUCUACCUACCCUAUUUAUAUUCCUGUAUAUCUCUGAUGGGAUGUUUGUUACUUCUCCUGUGUACCCCUGUUGGCCUUUCCCGCAUGUUCACAGUGAUGGGUCAGUUGCUGGUGAAGCCAACAAUUCUUGAAGACCUGGAUGAACAAAUUUAUAUUAUUACCCUAGAGGAGGAAGCACUCCAGAGACGACUAAAUGGACUGUCUUCAUCAGUGGAAUACAAUAUAAUGGAGUUGGAACAAGAACUUGAAAAUGUGAAGACUCUUAAGACAAAAUUAGAGAGGCGAAAAAAAGCUUCAGCAUGGGAAAGAAAUUUGGUGUAUCCUGCUGUUAUGGUUCUCCUUCUUAUUGAGACAUCCAUCUCGGUCCUCUUGGUGGCUUGUAAUAUUCUUUGCCUGUUGGUUGAUGAAACAGCCAUGCCAAAGGGAACAAGGGGUCCUGGAAUAGGAAAUGCUUCUCUUUCUGCUUUUGGUUUUGUGGGAGCUGCACUUGAAAUCAUUUUGAUUUUCUAUCUUAUGGUGUCCUCUGUUGUCGGUUUCUAUAGCCUCCGAUUUUUUGGAAAUUUUAUUCCCAAGAAGGAUGACACAACUAUGACAAAGAUCAUUGGGAAUUGUGUGUCCAUCUUGGUCUUGAGCUCUGCACUCCCUGUGAUGUCAAGAACACUGGGAAUCACUAGAUUUGAUCUACUUGGAGACUUUGGAAGGUUUAAUUGGCUGGGAAAUUUCUAUAUUGUAUUAUCCUACAAUUUGCUUUUUGCUAUUGUGACAACAUUGUGUCUGGUCAGAAAAUUCACCUCUGCUGUACGAGAAGAACUUUUCAAGGCCCUAGGGCUUCAUAAGCUUCACUUAUCAAAUACUUCAAGGGAUUCAGAAACAUCAAAGCCGUCAGCAAAUGGGCAUCACAAAGCACUGUGAGAUACGCAGCAGCACUCUGCCAUCAAGAGACCCGGGAGGCCCAACUCCCGCCGUCCCCGUCAGUCAGAAAUGACGUGCACUGACUGGGCUUCACAUUUAGGGCCUGGGCCUGGCAGCGCCAUUUCUUUCAUAACCUCCUAAGAACUUGGCUGCUGCAGGCCUUCUUCUCAUUUAACUGUGUGAUGGACCCCACAGUUCCCAGCCAGACGCAGGCUUCGUAGGGCAGCACAUUUUUCUGUGGACACAUUUGCUUGCAGCACUUGAUACAGUCACCCAUAUGAGAAUGUUAGAAAAGGCAACUUCGGGGCUUUCUAAGAAUUCAGUUAAAUCCCAAUAUAUAUUUUAUUCAGAAUGGAGAAGCUGACGUGAAAGGCAUCCUUGGUACUUGGAUGCGAAGUGAAGGCCCUGCAAAAAUGUGGGUUUAUAGAUGCCAUUACUCCAGUGGGUGCGUUGAAACAGUAGUGUGCAAAUGCUAUUUUUCACUUCCUUGAAGAAAAAGACAAAAGCGCGUAGUUCUGGUUUAUGUUUCAGAAUGAUACUGAUUGGACUUGGAGUCAAGAGAAAAAUAUGAAAUUCUUUUGAAAACCUGAUCCGUGGUAGAACACCACGGGAAUACUUUCCACUGUACAGUGUAGUAAGCUACAUGGGAAGUCUUAUGUACUCACACUUCUCUGACCUCUUCUGUGUGUAGGAUUCAGUGUUACCUCUCAUAACAUAGUUGCCAGUGUCGAAUACACUUGUAACUUAGAUUUUGCCUUAUGGGCUAUCUGUACGCUUGAUUUUUUUUGAGCUUUUUUCCCAAAAUCCCUCAGUUCCUUGUGCUCCUGUGUCCAUUAUGGAACUACAGAUGCUCUGUGGUAGAAGCCCCUUCUGUCAACACAUUCUUCAGGCCUUGGUUACUUUUGUAUAUGCCGGUUUAAACCUCGGAUUUAUAAAAGUACCAGUUUAACACCCAGGUACACAGUGUCAGCAUUCAUGAGGUAAGAAUAGUUUUUCAGUGUUUCAUGAUCUGAUAAAUCAUUCAGUUAUGAAAUUGUAAAUAAUUCUGGGGAUGGCUUCUUGACUUUAAGUCCAUUGAAUAAAAGCUAUAAAACUGUACUCUGUGUUACCAUCCACUAGGAUAGAGUACUGAAAAUUGUGCAUGCAGAAAUAAGAGAUGAGCCCCUUUGCACACACUUGGUAGUUAGGCAGUCUCUAUAAAUACGUAUGUUCACAUGCACUAUGUGUAUGGCAACAGAUUGUCUGUGUUCAGACAAAAGUAAAAGAACAUUUUCCUCAAAUUGUUGAGCUUAAAGGGGUUUUUUGGGAGAAAUUUAUGAAAAUCAGGCUGUAUAUAUUUGACAUAAAAAAUUUCCACUUAGGGCCAAAAUAAUAAGAAAAGUUUAUCUGUGUAUUCCUAAGUUCCAUUGAGUAUACCUCUCCUUUUUUUAUACCUCUGCAUUUCCUUCUGAGCUUCUCUUCCCAUUAAAAUACAGCCCAGUUUUAAGAUAAAAGAACAUUUUGUGAUUCUAAACAACACUCCGUAAAUACCACCAGUCUAGCAUUGGUGAAUCUCUCUGCAUAGGAUCUACAUACUGAGAAAAUUAAUAGAAACUGGUUCGUUCCUGAUUUCACUGGUAAUUACACCUAUUUAAACAUUAAUUGCAAGCUUUGAUUUUUACUGAAACUUGCUUGCAGGCAAUCCAUAUUUUGAGCAGACUAGGUCAAGGGGAGAAGAAAAAGAAAGUUCUUUAAAUAAAAGAGCAUCGCUUGUAACUUACACUGGUUUCCGGGCACAUCCGUAGGAAGUUCUUGGGUAUUUGUAAGAUGUCUGAAAAUUUCUGAGUAAAAUAUUAAA